AGUUUGAAGUGAAACUACCAAGUGAUACAGACAAAACAGCUGCUUCUGUACAUGCCUUCAAGAGGAGCUGAAUUUUCAUAAAUAUGAUUUAUAGAGCUAUCAGUGCGAUGUUAACAACCCAAGGACAUAAUUGCCGAAAAUUGAAGUUAGAAUAGUGACCUCAAAAAUUAUCACGUGCUUUGGUUCUGUACACUACGGAUGCUUUCAGCGUUAUGCAGGAGAAGCAUUCUGAUUAACCGCCUUUCACAAUGUAGAAACACAUUCAAAAGCAUUCAUUCUAAAUUGAAAAUCAAUGCCAAGCCUUUCAAAUAUAGUUCCUACUUUCUCUUCACUGUUAGUACAGGAUGUUUCCUUGGCUUCAGUGUGAAAGUGCAACGUGAAUUUCGUUUCCCUACUGUAAAAUGUGAAACUAUUGUGGUAGAUUAUCAUGAAGUGACACCACCAGAGACCAGUGGUGUAUUAAACUAUCUUGGAACACUAAUACUACCUGACUUUGUGUAUUUACUCGGUGCCAUAAUGGGUGCUUUUGUGGCUGCUAUUAUGAACGUUUAUAUUCCUUUGUACCUCGGUGACUUUGUUAGCGCUCUGUCAAAGUGUGCAGCUAGUAGGGAAGGAUUUAUGGCAGCCGUCUACAUCCCUACACUUAGAUUAUGUUCUUCCUAUAUUCUUCAGUCAGUGUCCACAUUUUUGUACAUUGGACUUUUGGGAUCUGUCGGAGAACGCAUGGCCAAACGUAUGCGCAUUGAAUUGUUUCAGAAAUUAAUCUAUCAGGAUGUGGCCCGUUUCGAUGUGCAUAGUUCUGGCAAACUAGUAGAAAUUAUUGGGUCCGAUGUCCAAAACUUUAAGAGUUCAUUCAAACAAUGCAUUUCACAAGGUCUACGUAAUGGCAUUCAAGUUGUUGGAUCUGUAUUCGCAUUACUGAGCAUAUCUCCUACUCUGACAGCUGCUCUUUUGGGUUGUUUACCAUGUGUUUUCUUGAUUGGAAGUUUAAUGGGUACUGAACUUCGUCUGCUUAGUCGAGAAGCUCAAGCUCAGAAUUCUCAGAUAGCCUCAUUAGCUGAUGAAGUAUUCAGUCAUAUAAGAACAGUGAAGUCAUUGACAUUAGAAGAUUUACAAAUUGAGAAAAUGAAUUAUGAUAUUGAUAAGGCUAGAAGACUUAGUGAAAAACUUGCCUUUGGAAUUGGUUCCUUUCAAGGUCUCUCCAACUUAGCCUUGAAUGGUGUUGUACUUGGAGUAUUAUAUAUUGGUGGUCAUUUAAUGUCUCGAGGUGAAUUAGACCCUGGUCAUUUAAUGUCAUUCCUGGCUACUACACAAACAAUGCAACGUUCACUUUCUCAGUUAUCUUUACUCUAUGGUCAUAUAGUUCGUGGAUCUACUGCACUGAAGCGUAUUCAUGAGAUAUUAAAACUACCCAGUGGUAUAGGUAGUAUGGCAUCUCCAACUAUGGCGACAGAAUCAUCAUCAUCAUCCAUAAAUAAUAACAAGUAUAUGAAAGAAAUGAACGAAUUAGUCUAUUCUACCGCACCAAGCAUAACCUUUGCAAAUGUUCAAUUCGCCUAUCCUAAUCGUCCAGAAAGUGAUGUGUUGAAUCAGUUGUCAGUGAAUUUACCCGGUGGUAAAGUAAUAGCAUUAGUUGGCCAGUCUGGUGCAGGUAAAUCAACUGUUGUCUCUCUACUAGAAAGAUUUUAUGAACCGAAAGCUGGUGAAAUUUUAUUAAACAACUAUAAAUUAACUGAUUUCAAUGUAAAUUACUUACGUGGUAAAUUAAUUGGUUAUAUUAGUCAAGAGCCACAAAUAUUCAAUGCAUCAAUAAGAGAGAAUAUUCGAUUUGGUCGCCUUGAUGCAACCGAUGAAGAGGUUGAAGAAGCAGCUAAAUUAGCGCAUAUUCAUGAAUUCAUCACACGUGACUUACCCUAUGGAUAUGAUACACAAGUUGGUCAAGGUACUGGUUCAACAGCUGGUUUAAGUGGUGGUCAACGUCAACGAAUAGCUAUAGCACGUGUUCUAUUGAAAAAUGCUCCAAUUUUAUUAAUGGAUGAAGCUACAUCAGCUUUAGAUGCAGAAUCUGAAGCUAAAGUACAAGAAGCAUUAAAUUUUGCUAUGAAAAAUCGUACAGUCUUAAUCAUUGCACAUCGAUUGAGUACAGUACGUAAAGCUGAUCUGAUCCUGGUUAUGUCUAGAGGACAAAUAGUUGAGAAAGGAACGCAUACAGAAUUGAUGGCUAAUCAUGGCUUCUAUUAUAAUCUUGUACAAAGACAAGAAGGUCGAGAUUUAUUAGAAUAGAGCGUGCUAGUUAUUUAUUCUUAUUAUGACUAUUGUUAUUUUGCUUUUUCCAUUGUCUUUAUAUUUCCUUUCUUAACGAUGAUAAUAAUAAACUUAUUUGCAUAACUUUUACUGAAGUUGUUGACUUCCGUCUACACUUAUUUGUGGGAAAAAUAUGAAACUUUUAUAAGAAGGGCAGUCUGGUCUC